CACAGGUAUUUAUAUAUAUGUAUGUGCGUUCCUAACCAUUAAAAAUAUAGUAAACUGACAUAAAGCAGCGAACAUAAUAAUAAUCACUAUUAUUUUAGCUAUGUCUAAGUUGAUCAGUGAAUUGUAAUUAGCAUAUUUGUUUUAAAAAGUACAAUUAAUCAACAUCCAAUAUAUUUGGCGAAAUGGCUGGACCAUCCUCUGAACAGAGCGGUAUUGCUCAGAAGACAUGGGAAUUAACGAAUAACAUUGAGACUAUCAGCACCAUGGAUGAGAUUUAUAGAUACGACAGGAAAGAACAACAUGAUAUAUUAACUGCCAAACCAUGGGAGAAAGAUCCCCAUUUCUUCAAAGACAUAAAAAUAUCUGCAUUAGCUUUAUUAAAAAUGGUUAUGCAUGCACGAUCUGGUGGAACAUUGGAGGUAAUGGGCCUUUUACUUGGUAAAGUAGCAGCCAACACGAUGAUUGUAAUGGAUUCCUUUGCAUUGCCAGUCGAGGGUACAGAAACUAGAGUGAAUGCUCAAGCUCAAGCUUACGAGUACAUGACAGCUUACAUAGAAGCAGCUAAACAAGUCGGUAGGCAAGAAAAUGCGAUUGGUUGGUAUCAUAGUCAUCCUGGAUAUGGAUGCUGGUUGUCUGGUAUCGAUGUAUCCACCCAGAUGCUCAAUCAAAAUUUUCAAGAACCAUUCGUCGCCAUUGUCAUUGAUCCCGUGAGAACUAUUUCCGCAGGCAAGGUUUGCCUGGGCGCAUUCAGAACUUAUCCAAAGGGAUAUAAACCCGCAAACGAGGAGCCGUCAGAAUAUCAGACAAUACCGCUGAACAAGAUCGAAGACUUUGGUGUUCAUUGCAAGCAAUACUAUUCUUUGGAAGUAUCCUAUUUCAAGUCCUCUCUGGAUAGACGACUACUCGAUUCAUUAUGGAAUAAGUAUUGGGUGAACACUCUGAGUUCUUCCAGCCUACUGACAAAUGCGGACUAUACCACUGGACAGAUAUUCGACUUGUCGGAUAAAUUAGAACAAUCGGAGUCGGCUUUGGGUAGAGGAUUCGUCCUCGGCGGCACGGAUCCACACGAUCGUAGCACAGUAGAAAAACUCAUAAAGGCGACUAGGGACAGUUGUAAGACCACCAUCGAAGUUAUUCACGGUUUAAUGGCACAAAUAAUUAAGGACCGAUUAUUUAAUCAUGUUGGCAGUAAUGCAACUUGUGAUCCUCAGCAGAAGCAAUAAGGUGUAUUCUGUGUGUGAUAAUCUGCUAGAGGAUAUGUAUUUGUAAUAAAGAUAUGUACCCUCCUUUAUAAUCGAAAUUUUUUGAACAAUUACUUCACAAAAUAUUCGAUUAAGACUUCUUGGCUCCUAGAAUUGUCUCUUCUUGAAAAAUUGAUAAAAUUAAGAUACAGUGAUGAUAUUAGUAUUGAAUAUUUUCCUUUAUGAAAAUAUGCUUCAAGUGCAUGAAUGUAUCGGAUGUCAGAAACAUAAUGGAAUAAAAAUACAUUUUAUUUUCA